GUGACAGUGCGUUAGGAUUACGUUACAGGGACUGCACCUUCCGAAGUUCGUCGGUCGAAUCGUCGAAAAAUGAACGAAGAAUUGAGUAAAGCGGUGGGGAGAGGUGAUAUUGAGUCAGUAACGCGACUUUUGGAUAUGCAAGUUGAUAUCAAUGCUCGUGAUGAGUCUGGGAACACUCUUCUGAUAAAAGCGUGUUGGAAUAAUCAGAAGGAGAUUGUUGAGUUUCUACUCACUAAAUCAGCAGAUGUUAAUGGGACUGGUGAGUGGGGACGGACAGCUUUGAUUGUAUGUGCAAUCAUUGGAUCAGAAGAGAUCACUGAUCUACUACUGAAUGUCAAAGAUAUUGAUGUGAUGAAGAAAGAUGAUCUUUGGGGAAGGACAGCCAUCCAUCAUGCUGCAAUGAAUAAUCACGUGACCAUUGUAGAGAGACUUUUGUCUUGUUCUGUUCCUGUUGAUAUCAAUGAUACUGAAGGUUGUACACCACUGUGGUUUGCUGCCCGUGAUGGUGAUGUGUGUUGUGUUGAUGUUCUCCUAAAACAUGGAGCGAGUCCCCAACAUGAGAGUGAGAUUUGGGGAUCACCACUGGAGAUUGCCAAGCUAUUUGGUCGCAGUGAUGUGGUUGAGAUGAUGGAAGAAGCCAUAAGAUUGAGAUCUCAUCCUUAUGUAAAGGGAGAUGUGUCUAUCAUGAGACAUCAAUAUGAAGAGACAAGUGAAGUGGAGAAGAUGAAAGAAGAAUUAAGACAAUCAUCCCUGGUCCAUGAGAGUGAAGUGACGAGGUUAACAACCGAGAUCCAAGAGAAAGAGGAGGAAAUGAGAUGUCUCGUGUCUGCUCUUGCUACUGUUAGCAGAAUGGCAAGCGAUAAAAUUGUUGAAAGUCACACUACUUCUGAUGAAUUUUGCUUAUCACAGCCACCAGAGGAUGUGAUGUAUGCAGUCAGUGCUCUUGCCUGUGAUCAGUGGAGUGAUGUUGGACUGGAGUUAGGAUACACAAUGCCUGAACUCAACUCACUCACUUCAUUAAUUACUGCAUCUCACAGCAAGCUACACGCCAUACUGAGAACAAAAGCUGCUGCUGUCGGUACCAGCAAUGUUGUUGGUAUCAUUUUGUCUGCUUGUCAGCGUAUUUCCAUUCCAAUUUGUGCUGCUGCAAUAAGAGAUGAGGUGGUUAAACGUCAAGAGAGACUGAGAGCACAGAACGGUGGACAAUAGAAUAAUUGACUUUGUCACUUUGUUGUCUGCAUGGCUAAUCAUAUUUGUUCAGCAAGUUCAUUUUGUUGUUUGUAAUGCUUCAAGCAUCUUACUAUUUGUACUUUAGCGCUUUUUAUGUUUAAGACAAGGUGUAAUAGUUUAUACCAAAUUUUGAAAUAACCACAUGUUUUCUUAUCCGGGACAUCAUGGGCGGAGCUAGUGUAGUCAUAGUAUCUGGUUUGUUUGCACUUUGUCUUAAUUAAUGGCUACUGAAUCAACGUUUACUCUACCCAUCCAAUCCAGGCCGUAUACGAAUCAACAGGCACUGCCGUCUCGUCACAGACUUGCCGUACUUUACAGAAACUCCGCAUGGUUGUGUAGGAGACAACAGAAGAGCAACUACUAUGAACAAAAGGGGCGUGGCCAAAGAGUGCAAAGUCAAUCUGGUCGUGUGGGUAGUGAGCGUUGUGUUUUGGCGAGUGAAGAUUUGAGUGGACCAACACCGUGUACAUACUCACCACCAGGAAGAGCAUUGCAAGAGACGAACAGUCCUGCGUAUACAAUGGGAUAUAGACGUGUAGAGAAACUUGGUGGCGGUCAACGAGCUUGGUCUAAGUCGUGGUUUGCAACAGACAAUGUCUGGACAAACAAAACAAGAUACGAGACCAAUUGGCCAUGUGUUACAGACUACAACCUUCCCACCACUUUAGGUCACUACGUAACUUGCAGUUCCCAACAGCCAUCGUUUUCCAUGCAAUCAAGAAAAGGCUUUGCCAUUGCCAGACGAAAUGCAGACAAAGAGCCAGCACCAAAUACGUAUUAUAGUGAAAUUUUUCAAGAUAAGCUUUUUACGCAUGCGCCUUCGUACACGUUUACAAAUCAUCGAACUAGCAGACAUCUCUGGCAGUUACAUUCAGAUACACCCGGACCAGGAACGUACGAUCCGUACAUGCACCUCUGCAGGCACAGAGCCCCAGCAUUUUCAUUCGCCCUAACUGGCAAGAGAUUCCAAUAAUCAUGUCUUGCAGCAACAAUUGGUGAAUACAACAGAAAGCCCAAAAAUGUUGUACUCCACUCCAGCUACAAGAGCAGGAAGAGACCAAACAUUGACACUCAAGUAGCAAUACGCAGGGCGGUUAAUUAACGCGAGUACCUUGUGGGAACUAACGCGUGGGUGUAGUGCUAGCGCGCGUUUAAUAAAACCGCGCGUUAAUGCAAUAAUUUAGCGCGCGUUACAGUAGUUAAUAUCUAU